AUGAGGAAAGGCGUUACUGCUCGACUAUUACGUCAACGUGAACCAAUAUCUAAUAUUCAACUUUGCGAACAUGAACUGCGUGAAGUAGUUGAUGGUACUCGACUACGAUUUUUACUCGUUCGUUAUAUAAAUCUUAAGGGUGCCACUAUAUUAAUGGGCUCGUUAGCCAUUCCUUUACUUAAAAAAUUUAUAUUUGUUGAUUUGUAUGAUCAUACAGUAGAUCAUGGUGGUAAAUUUCAGGAGCUUUGUAGUUCUACACACUUACCUGCUUUGGAAGAUCUCAACUUUUCGUUUUGUUUUCCUCAAGAAGUCGAACACGCAUGGCGAAUGAGUCCAUUCAGUUGCAUUGGCAAAUGGCCUUUUGAUAAUUUUGGUUGUUAUUUAGAUAACAGUUGGAUUUCUAUUGAUGGUGGCCUAGAUUUUACCACGAAGACACUAUUUAUCGUCUAA